AUGGCGUCAUCUUCCGUCACCUUCUCUACGGUGAUUCCGGCUAACAAUAUCGGCAAUAGUAGAGCCUUCUCGCGGUUGGGAAUCACGCGCCACCGUGUAACUCCAUCACCGAAUGCUGGGAGGAGAAUGUUCAGAGCUUCGGUUAUGGCGGAAACGACGACGGAGAAGAAGACGACGAAGAAUGCAAUGGAGUACAGGAAAUUAGGGGAUUCUGACCUCAAUAUCAGCGAAAUUACUAUGGGCACUAUGACAUUUGGGGAGCAAAAUACUGAGAAAGAAUCUCAUGAGAUGCUGAGUUAUGCAUUGGAACAUGGCAUCAACUGCAUUGACACUGCUGAAGCCUAUCCCGUCCCAAUGAAGAAGGAGACUCAAGGUAAAACGGAUCUUUAUAUCAGUAGCUGGUUGAAGUCUCAGCGCCGUGACAAGAUUGUUUUGGCAACUAAAGUAAGUGGGUACUCAGAAAGAUCAGCAUACAUGCGGGACAAUGCCAAAUUUCUGCGUGUAGAUGCUGCUAAUAUCAAAGAAAGUGUCGAGAAAAGUCUUAAGCGCCUUGGCACUGAUUACAUUGACUUGCUUCAAAUACAUUGGCCAGAUCGGUAUGUACCACUCUUUGGUGAUAGUUACUAUGAUCCGUCGAAAUGGAGAACUAGUGUGCCAUUUGUCGAGCAGCUAAGAGCCUUCCAGGAUCUCAUAGAUGAAGGAAAGGUACGCUACAUUGGUGUCUCAAAUGAAACUUCAUAUGGAGUGAUGGAGUUUGUUCACACUGCAAAACUUGAAGGACUACCAAAGAUUGUGAGCAUCCAGAACGGUUACAGCUUGCUAGCUCGAUCCCGGUUUGAAGUUGAUCUAGUAGAAGUAUGCCACCCGAAAAACUGCAAUGUUGGCUUGCUUGCUUAUUCUCCUCUCGGAGGCGGCUCCUUGUCUGGUAAAUAUUUGGCUUCGGACCUAGAAGCUACAAAAAAUUCAAGGCUGAAUCUUUUCCCAGGAUUCAUGGAACGUUACAGGGGAUCCCUAGCCAAGGAAGCAACAAUACAAUACAUUGAGGUGGGGAAGAAGCACGGUUUAAGUCCGGUAGAGUUAGCACUCGGGUUUGUACGUGACCGGCCGUUUGUGACGAGCACGAUCAUCGGAGCUACAUCGAUGGAGCAACUCAAAGAAGAUAUUGAUGCUUUUCUGAUGACGGAGCGGCCAUUUUCGCCGGAAGUUAUGGCUGAUAUUGAAGCUGUCUUCAAAAGGUACAAAGACCCUUCUUUCUUUUGA